AUGUCUUCCCCAUGGUCGCGUUUCCCUCUCACCUGGCUCAUCACAGGGGCUUCGUCGGGCUUCGGGCUUGAGCUUACGCGACUUGCCCUUUCAAACGGGCACAAAGUCAUUGCGACAUCGAGAAAUCCGGCCCGCAACUCAGACCUGGUUUCCGAGAUCAAAGCACAAGGUGGCGACUGGCGUACUUUGGACGUUGACGACCCGGACUGCGGGUCCCUCAUCAAGCGCAUUGAAGAUGAGGGCACAGAAAUUGACAUUCUCGUCAACAGUGCAGGAUGGUCUAUCCAUGGCCCUGCCGAAAGCUUUUCGGAAGAUGAAGUUCGUCGACAGAUGGAAACUGUCUUCUUUGGACCUUACAGGCUGAUACGGGCUGUCGUGCCGUAUAUGAGGCAGAGGAGGCGUGGUCUGAUCAUCAAUAUCAGCUCCGGUGCCGGGGUAUCAGGUAGGGAAAGUAUGGGCAUUUACGGAGCCAGCAAGGCCGCCAUGGAUGGUCUUGUAAAAAUCCUGGCGCGCGAAAUCAGCCCGUUUAAUAUCCGGACACUCACAGUACAUCUUGGAGGCUUCGACACGAAUUUCUCACAUUCAGUUCAGACUUCAACGCAACCUUUCCCAGAAGAUUACUCCGGUAGCACAACAGCAAAGGUCUUGGAAUCCAUACAAGGUUCCAACUUCAAAGCAGAUGGAGACCAUCGGAAGGCUACCAAGGUAAUUUAUGAAGUAGCAGUGGGCGAGGGAGUGGGAAAGGACAAGGAGGGCGAGAGGGUUAUCCAUCUGGGGCGGGAUAUGUCUGAGCGCAUGGGCCAGGUCCUUUCGCAGAUGAACAACCAAAUGGCCACAUUUGACGGUAUCGCGAGGGAUGUAUACUUAGAAUAG